AUGCAGCCCGCCAUGAUGAUGUUCUCCAGCAAGUACUGGGCGCGGAGGGGCUUCUCCCUGGACUCGGCCCUGCCGGAGGAGCGUCCCGCUGCCGGCAGCCUUACCCUAAACAGGUCAAGUUCUGGGAAAAAUGAGGAAAAGAAAGGAAAUAAGGGAAAUGGAAAAAGUGAGCCAGUUUCUGAAGGUGGAAAGACAGCUGUGGUGUUUUCCUUGAAGAAUGAAGUUGGUGGAUUGGUAAAAGCUCUCCGACUCUUCCAGGAGAAACAUGUGAGUAUGGUUCACAUUGAAUCACGAAAAUCAAAGAGAAGGAACUCAGAGGUGGAAAUUUUUGUGGACUGUGACUGCAGUAAGAAAGAAUUUAACGAACUAAUCCAAUUGCUCAAAUUUCAAACUAAUAUCGUAUCUCUCAAUCCACCUGAAAACAUCUGGACUGAUGAAGAAGAUCUUGACUGUGUCCCUUGGUUCCCCAGAAAGAUAUCUGAACUAGACAGAUGCUCACAGAGAGUUUUGAUGUAUGGAUCUGAGCUGGAUGCAGAUCACCCUGGAUUUAAAGACAAUGUCUAUCGACAGAGGAGAAAGUACUUUGUGGAUGUUGCCAUGAGUUAUAAAUAUGGCCAACCCAUUCCCAGAGUGGAAUACACGCUGAAGAAAUUUAAAACAUGGGUGGUAUUUAGGGAGCUCACUAAACUCUAUCCCACCCAUGCUUGUCAUGAAUAUUUAAAAAUUCCUCUGCUGACCAAGUACUGUGGGUACAGAGAGGAUAAUGUGCCUCUUGAAGAUGUUUCCGUUUUUCUUAAAGAAAGGGUCUGGUUCACAGUGAGACCAGUUGCUGGAUACCUGUCUCCUCGAGAUUUUUUAGCUGUUGCAUACAGAGUUUUUCACUGUACUCAGUACAUACGACAUGGCUCAGAUCCUCUCUACACACCAGAACCGGAUACAUGCCACGAACUCUUGGGACACGUGCCUCUCCUUGCUGAUCCCAAGUUUGCACAGUUUUCACAAGAGAUAGGACUUGCUUCACUGGGAGCAUCUGAUGAAGAUGUUCAGAAAUUAGCCACUUGCUAUUUUUUUACAAUUGAAUUUGGCCUUUGCAAACAAGAAGGACAACUACGUGCUUACGGGGCAGGACUUCUGUCUUCUAUUGGUGAAUUAAAGCAUGCUCUCUCUGAUAAGGCCAAUGUGAAAACAUUCGAUCCAAAGACAACCUGUUUGCAAGAAUGCCUUAUCACUACUUUCCAGGAAGCUUACUUUGUUUCAGAAAGUUUUGAAGAAGCCAAAGAAAAAAUGAGGGACUUUGCCAAAUCGAUCAAUCGUCCCUUCUCUGUGUAUUUCAAUCCAUAUACGCAAAGCAUUGAGAUUCUGAAGGAUACCAGGAGUAUAGAAAAUGUCGUUCAGGACCUCCGCAGUGAUCUAAACACUGUAUGUGAUGCUUUAAGCAAAAUGAACAGAUAUUUAGGGAUUUGA